UGUGUUUCCUGGAAUUCAUUAAAGUGUGAGGUUUAUAUAUUGAGAGUUGAGCUGCAAUUGAGGCAAUUUUAUUUCUUUGUUUAAUUGGUUCUUGUUCUAUAUAUUCUUGUUUAUGGUCUCUGGUGCACAUUAAGCAGUGGAGAAGAUGAUGAUGAUGAUGAUGAUGAUGAGUAAGAGUUCAAUGUGGAGGAAUGCUAUGUUUCUUGUUGGAUUUCUUUGCUUAUUAAGUUUAUCCCACGCUGAACUUCCACCAAACUACAGUUUCAUGAAACCAGCAACAGAAGCACCACCAGUAUCAUACUACGACUACAUAAUUAUCGGAGGAGGCACCGCCGGGUGCCCAUUAGCCGCCACCUUGUCCCAAACAUCCAGAGUGCUCCUCCUCGAGCGUGGCCCGGCCCCUUACGGCAACAAGAACAUCUCCAACCUUGGCAAUUUCGCCGACACUCUAAGUGACACCUCCCCCACCUCCCCUUCUCAGCGUUUCAUCUCCGAAGAUGGCGUUAUCAGCGCCCGGGCCCGUGUCCUAGGCGGCGGCAGCUGCUUGAACGCCGGCUUUUACACCCGUGCCAGCCCCGACUAUGUUCGGCAAGUCGGCUGGGAUGGCAGGCUUGUGAAUGAAUCCUACCAAUGGGUUGAAAAGGUGGUGGCUUUUGAGCCACCCAUGCUUCAAUGGCAAUCUGCUGUUAAAGAUGGACUAUUGGAAGUUGGAGUGAACCCUUACAAUGGCUUCACUUUUGAUCAUAUGUAUGGUACUAAGAUUGGAGGUACCAUCUUUGACAAGGAUGGUUUCCGACACACCGCUGCCGACUUGCUCCAGUAUGCUAAUCCCCCCAUGAUCACUGUCCUCCUCCAUGCUACUGUCUCCAAGAUUUUGUUCCGGCAAAAAGGAAGACCAAGAUUGAUGGCUCAUGGAGUGGCGUUUUGGGAUGGGGCUGGAGUGAUGCAUAGAGCUUAUUUGAACAAAGGAUCAAAGAAUGAGAUUAUUGUAUCGGCGGGAGCUCUUGGAAGCCCUCAACUGUUGAUGCUUAGUGGUAUUGGUCCGAAGGAACACCUACAAAGUUUUGGUAUUAAUGUACUUUUGGAUCAACCGAUGGUUGGACAAGGAAUGUCUGAUAACCCAAUGAAUGCCAUCUACAUUCCUUCUCCUCUGCCUGUUGAGAUUUCACUUAUUCAAGUUGUCGGUAUCACCGAGUUCGAUAGCUACAUCGAGGCGGCCAGCGGCUCCAAUUUUGCCGGUCAUUCUGAUCAACCGUCUCAUUUUACUCCAAAUCUUGGCAUGUUUUCACCUCAGAUCGGGCAAUUAUCGAAGGUGCCACCAGGGAAAAGAACGCCGGAAGCCAUUGCGAAAGCAGUGGAGCAGAUGAAAAGCUUGGAAGUGUCUGCCUUCAGAGGAGGGUUCAUAUUGGAGAAGAUCAUGGGACCAGUAUCAACGGGACACCUUGAGUUAAAGAACUUGAACCCUUAUGACAACCCUUUGGUCACCUUUAACUACUUCAAAGAGCCUGAAGACCUACGAAGGUGUGUGCAAGGGAUGGAGAUAAUUGAGAAAGUGAUAGAAUCCAAGGCUUUCUCUAAAUUUAGAUACCCUUAUAUAUCAGUGGAGGCAUUGAUCAAUAUCACAGUGCACUUUCCAGUGAAUUUGAGGCCAAGGCAUGACAAUGAUUCCAAGUCAUUGGAGCAGUUUUGUAAGGAUACAGUGAUGACCAUUUGGCAUUACCAUGGUGGCUGCCAUGUUGGCCGGGUGGUUGACCAUGACUACAAAGUCCUUGGAGUUGAUGCACUUAGAAUCAUUGAUGGUUCUACUCUUAACUACUCUCCAGGAACUAAUCCUCAGGCCACUGUUAUGAUGCUUGGCAGGUACAUGGGAAUGAAAAUCAUGAGUGAGAGGCUUGGGAAAAAGGAAUAAUUGUGAUUUUAUGUGUUUCAUUAUCUGUGUUUUUCCCCUGAACUUAUGAUACAUAAAAGACAUAUAUAUAUGUCAUCUGCUUCAGAAACUGAGAAUUGGUUUCUUUUGUUUUCCAGGGAGAAGAAUUAAUUACUUGCUUACUUUUCCUUCUGUGUAACUUCGUUGUUGUUGGUGUU